CUGACUUAGACUUAAAGUUAUUCGAUUGUCUUCAAAAUUCAUGCCACUCGAGUUGUGAGAAAAGUGCGCUAUGUUGGCCAAGCUACUGACCCUGGGCUCCCUUUUGGCCCACAUUAUCCCCCGCAGCUUGGGGCAGCAUGCAGGGGUCAACUGCUCGGAUCCCCAGACCGAACUGACAGUCUGUGGCCGCUUCAGUCCGAAUGGCUGCUGUGCCAAGGGCUGUGUGCGGAAUGUGCGCGGAAGGUGCGUCCAGGAGCAGUGCACCGAGUCCUGGAGCGGCUGGCUGCAGAAGCCAGUGACCAUGAGCUGCUACUUCCACUGGUUCCUGCUGAUCUUCGCCGCGCUCAUCACGGCCAUCAUGCUGGGCCUGGUGGCCUGCAAUGCGGCCUUCGAGGUGAGGCGCUACUUUCGCCAGCGGCGAGUCGAGCGGUUCAGGCGCUUCAGGGACCUGAGUGGCGUCUCCAUUGGCUCCACUCAGUGCUAGAGCACGUGUGAGUAUGAGGUCCUUGG